AUGUCAUCUGGGACUUUUCAUUUAUCACCUUGUGCACCAAUUACAAAGUUUUUCAAAGAUAAAUCUGUUAAAGAGGUUCGUGAAAACACAUCACAUAUUAAUGCACAUUUGAUCAGUUUUAAAAGAUGGUUACGUUCAAUGCCACACCUUUCUUGUGCAGAUGCCAAUGAAACAUAUCGAUCAAAUGAAGAAAUUGUAACAAUUCCAAUGUUUGAAUUAGCCAUGAUGAUGAUGUCUGAAAAUAUAAUGACAACGCUAUAUUUAGAUCAUAUAGUUCCAAGAAUCCAACACUGUCAAUAA